AUGUCCAUCAGUGUGGAUCUGAAGAGGAUCUCCAACCUGCCGGGGCGAUCGGACAGGAAGGUUGAACUCUCCUUCAGAGGUUUCACCCAUAAAACCCGAGUACUGAAGUGCGAGAAUGUGGCCAUCUUCAAUGAGCAUUUCCGUUGGCCUCACUACGGUAAAGAGAUCAAUGAUGAGGUUCUGUCCAUCAGUGUUUUCAACUGUAGCAAAGUCUUUUCCAACAGACUGUUGGGCCGUCUGGUCAUUAGUCUCCAGCAUGUAGUCACCACCGGCAGGUUGUUGCUUCGAGAACCUCUGACUGAUUCCAACUACAGCGUGACUGAUAUUAUAAUUGAGGUGGACAUCCGCUUCCAUCCGGUGGAGGGGACAGCUGGACAAUGGGCGGGACACGACUUUCUGAGUGUUGAAGACGACGACGAAUCAGCUUUGGUCAUCAGAAAUGAGGCGUUUGAGGACCCUGAGAAGGGGUUGACUGUUGCUCGCCCAGAUCAGCUGGAAAGAGAAGCUCGCCGUCUCGGUCGGAGUCUGGUCCGGACGGGGGAUGAAGAUGACGACGAGGAUUUUGAUGAUGAUUACGACGAUGAGCUUGUGGAGAUGGAGACGACUGAUAUCCGCCUCACUCCUCUUCUGAGUCGAUGCAGACCACUGUCAAGAAGUUCUGUAGCAGCAAUGCCCCGGGUCCAGAGCUUUCAGGUGAAUGUGAAUAUCCUGGAGGCUCAGAAGCUUGUCGGUGUAAACAUCAACCCUGCAGUUUUUAUCAGAGUGGGUGGCCAGAAAAAACACACGGCGACGCAGAAAUCCACCAACUGCCCGUUCUAUAAUGAGAACUUCCAGUUUGAGUUCCAGGAGGCUCCGCAGAUCUUCUUUGAUGAAGUCAUAGAGAUAAAGGUGUUCCACAGACGGGCUCUGGCCUUCCUGAUGACCCACAUUGGAACCUUUAAGAUCGACAUCUCCACCGUCUACAGACAGCCAGACCACCGAUUCUACCAGAAGUGGGCUCCUCUCACCGACCCGGCAGACACCCGGUCAGGGGUGAAGGGUUACGUCAAGGCCAGCCUGAGUGUUCUGAUGAAGGGAGAAGCUCUGCGAAUGCCCAGUCUGCCACCAGCCUCCUCGUCUGCAGGAGGCGAGGACAUAGAAAAACACCUGCUGCUUCCUCGAGGCAUGCCUUCAGAGCGUCCGUGGGCUCGGUUCCGUAUCCGGAUCUAUCGGGCUGAGGGUCUGCCAACAAUGGAGGCGGGGCUUAUGGCCAAGGUGUCUGUCACUGACAGGGCAGUAUUUAUUGACCCCUACGUGCAGGUGACCUUUGCUGGACAACAGGGUGAAACUUCAGUUGCCAGCGCCACCAGCAGUCCUGUUUGGAACGAAGAGAUCUCCUUCAUCGAGCAGUUUCCUCCGCUGGCUCAACGAAUCAAAGUCCAGGUUCUCGACGAUGCCAAGAUGGGAGACGUUGCCUUGGCAACCCACUUCCUGGACCUGCAGCAGAUUUCUGACCCUACAAGGAAUGGGUUCAACCCAACCUUUGGUCCAAGCUGGGUCCAUCUCUACGGUUCUCAGCAGAACUCCACCCUGGGAGAUGUCCACCAGGCCUUGAACGAGGGGCUGGGUGAAGGACUCUUCUAUCGAGGGCGAAUCCUCCUGGCUCUCAGCAUGGAUGUCUACAAUUCCCCUUCUGCCGUCGCCUCAGACACAAGCUCUGCCGCCGCAGCCAAGGUGAAAGGAGCGCUGGGGAAGUUUGGACUGAAGAAAAAGAAGAGCAGCAAGAAUGUGAUAAAGGAAGCUGCCAGCAGACCGGCUGAUGACGAGUCAGGAGAGGUUGGAGUGGAGGUACCAGAGUCUGUCACAGUGGAAGUUGAGGAGAUCCACCCUCUGCCUGAGGGUUACCUUGGACAGAAGGAGGAGUUCCUGCUGUUUGCGUCUCUGUUUGAAGUCACGAUGAUUGACCCAUCUGUAGGAACCAAACCUCUGACCUUUGAACUCUCAAUAGGAAACUAUGGGAAGGUGGUGAGACUUGGUAAAUCCAAGAAAAGUCAGAGCAGAGAGGAGCUAAGAAGGAGUAGGGAAGAGCUGAGGAUGAGCAGAGAAGACCUGACUGAGGAGACGCGGGUUCUGCUGGAGUCUGAGGACGAGCUGGACAGAGAGGAGGUGCAGAAUCCUGAAUCUGAGAACAGAUCUGUGUCUGCUGCCAUGAGACCUCAGCCCACUGAAUACGACAGGUCUUUCCAGUGUCUUCAGCUCCAGCCUCCUUCAGUGAAAACCAAACCUUGCCUGUUCGUUUGGAGCCAGUUCGAAGAUCACUGCUUUCGUCUCUUUCAGGCCAACUGGCUCAGCAAGAUGGCCGACAGGCUGGAGAUUGGUCUCGACGAGGUGGAAAGACUGUUAAGGAGGCCGAAGAGUAACGCGAAGGAGCGACUGGUUGAGGUGCUACUGGAACUGCUCGCAAGUUGCAAACAGUUCAGUGCUUUUUCAGAGAAAAGAUCUCAAUCUCGUCCCAAUACCCUGGACAAACGUAGGAAGGGGUUUAUCAAAAAGAAUUUGGUCCUGCUAGCCAGACAGGCGGUCAGGGCCAGAAGGAGAAUUUCUAGAAAAAACACCAAACAGCGCAUGAUGGAUGGCAGGAAAAUUCUAAAGAAGCUCCGCCUCCUGGCUGCAGAGCCUCAGAGCACCAUCCCUGACGCCUUCCUUUGGUUGCUCAGUGGAAACAGGCGACUGUCGUACGUCAGGAUCCCCGCCCACUCCAUCCUGUUCUCGUUGGUCGAGGAGCAAAAGGGGCGGGACUGUGGCCGCAUCACCACCCUCUACAUGAAGUCUCCAGGAUAUUCGGCGAGUGAGGUCUUUGCGAAGCUGGAGGUCUACCUGUGGCUCGGUCCUGUCAAGUACAGUAAAGAGGCCAUCAACAGCCUUCCAGAGGAAUUCACACCUGUGUACGAGGAGGAGGAGGAAACUCAGAGGAGGCUGGUUCCUGUGGGCGAGAGGAGGAAGUUUCCUGUCAGUCUGUCCUGUGAGGACAGCAGGUACUUCCAGUUACGGUGUCACCUGUACCAGGGCCGAGGCCUGAUGGCUGCAGAUGAUGACGGCCUGUCAGAUCCUUUUGCCAGGGUGGUCUUCUCUACACAGUGCCAGGUCACCAGGAUGUUGUCAGACACUCUCUCCCCCUCCUGGAACGAGUGCUUGUUGUUUGACAGAGUCCUGCUUGAAGGAACGAAGGAGCAACUUCAACAAGACCCACCCCUCAUCAUCAUCAACGUCUAUGACCACGACAACGUGGGCCCUCCAAAGCCUCUGGGUCGAGCGUUUGCUGAGCCGGAGUUUAAAACUGUGGAGCAGUUCUACGAGAAACCCCGCCUGCGGUUUUAUGACAUCAUCCGGGGAAGGCUUCCUGCUGGGGAGCUGCUGGCUGCCUUUGAGCUCAUCGAGCUCGACUACUCCGGGUUUGGAGAGCCUGGUCUCCCCAUCGGCGUGGACCCUCAGAACUUGACCUACGAUGAUGUGCAGAGGUCUUACGUCAUCCCAGAGGGAGUCCGACCUGUCCUGAAGACGUUCAGGAUCGAGGUGCUGUUCUGGGGUCUGCGGGACCUGAAGCGGGUGCAGCUGUUCGAGGUGGAGCGUCCACUGGUGAGGGUGGAGUGCGCAGGACAUCAGCUGGAGUCUGAGGAGAUCCAGAGCUACAAGGCCAACCCAAACUUUAAAGAGGUGGUCCGCUACAUUGACGUGGAGCUGCCAGAGCAGUCCUACCUCCACCCUCCUCUGACAGUGUUUGUGGUGGAGCAUCGAGCAUUUGGUCAGCUGGCUCUUGUUGGCUCUCAUGCGGUCCAGAAUCUCAUGGACUAUGCACCACAUGACCUUGAGGGGGAGGUAGAGGAGGAAGAAGAACCUAAACCAAAGAUGAGGCAGAGCUCAACCAAGAUCAACCCUCUGACGUCUGUGAAGAACAUUGGGCUCAGCGGCCUGUCGGUCACCCAGUCAAAGAUUCCCAUCAACCCCAUAAAGAUGGUGAAUGCACCACUGAAGAAGCUGAAUAAACCGAGAGAGGAGGAGCUGGAGGAAGAGGAGCCUGAGAAGGAGGAGUUGGACUGGUGGUCCAAGUACUAUGCUUCACUGGAGGAGCAGGAGAAGCAGGCUGCUGAGAAGGAGCAGAUGGAGGAACAAGCAGAGACAGAUGGAGGGAAUCUGUCCAUGGCGAACAUCGAGGAGGAGGAGGAGGAAGCUGUGAUGGUUGAGGUUGAGCCUCCGAAACGCAAGAAGAUUGCAACAUUAAAGCUGUACGUAGGUGAUCUGGAGUCAGAGUUCAGACAGUUUCAGGACUGGCUGAAGACCUUUCCUCUGCAUAAAGGCAGAGCAACCUCAGAUGAUGAUGAUGAUGAUGACCAGGAGAGGCAGAUGGGAAAAUAUAAAGGUUCCUUCCUGGUUUAUCCCAUCGAUCCAGAAGACAAAGAGGACACCACGUGUCAGAUCACUAAUGGAGUCCCCAAAAACUCACCAAUAAAAGUCUUGGUCAGAGUUUACAUUGUGAAGGCCACCAGUCUGGCCCCUACGGACCCGAAUGGUAAAGCUGACCCAUACCUGAUAGUCAAGGUGGGGGACCAAAGUCUGGACACCAAAGAUCGAUACAUCCCCAAACAGCUCAACCCAACGUUUGGAGAGGUGUUUGAACUCACCGUGUCCUUCCCACUGGAGACAGAGUUGGUCAUCACGGUUAUGGACCAUGAUCUCAUCGGAGCCGACGAUGUCAUCGGCGAGACUCGGGUUGACUUGGAGAACCGUUUCUACAGCCGACAUCUUGCUUCCUGUGGUCUUGCUCUUUACUAUGAUACUGACGGUUACAACAAGUGGCGUGAUGCGAAGAAGCCGUCAACAAUCCUGACUGAGCUCUGCAGGAAGAAUGGAAUCCCAUCUCCAGAGUACAGAACAUCUGAAGUGAAAGUACUCAACAAGAUCUUCAAAAUACCACCAGACGCUGUACCUGAAGGUCUGUUGAAGAAGAACCAGCGGUCCCUGGAGGAGGAGGCAGAGAUGGAGGAGCAUUCAGCUCUCAGUGUGCUGCAGCGCUGGGGGGAGAUGAGAGAGUUCCUCCCUGGAGCUGUUCCUUUGGUCCCAGAACACGUGGAGAUCCGGUCUCUGCAGAACCAGGACAAUCCUGGGCUUCCGCAGGGUUACCUUCAUAUGUGGGUCGACAUGUUUCCCACUGAUGUCCCAGCCCCGCCCCCUGUUGACAUAAAGCCACGCCUACCUGAGCAAUACGAGCUGCGAGUGAUCAUCUGGAACACGGAUGACGUGUUCCUGGAUGAUGUCAACCCGUUCACGGGCGACCCAUCCUCUGACAUCUACAUUAAAGGCUGGAUAAAAGGACUGGACGGAGACAAACAGGAGACUGAUGUCCACUUCAACUCCCUGACAGGAGAGGGAAACUUCAACUGGAGAUUUAUUUUCCGCUUCGACUACCUUCCCACUGAGAAGGAGGUGGUGUAUAAAAAGAAGGAGUCCAUAUUUUCUCUGGAAGAGUCUGAGUUUCGUCAGCCGGCUGUUCUGACCCUUCAGGUCUGGGACUAUGAUCGCAUCGCAGCCAACGACUUCCUGGGCUCCAUAGAGCUUUCUCUCAGCAACAUGGUUCGACCAGCGAAAAUGUCCAGUAAGUGCACCAUCGAGAUGGCGAAGGACCACGCCAGCCCUCGCUUCUCCAUAUUUCGAGCCAAAAAGAUGAAGGGCUGGUGGCCGCUGGUCCGCCUGAAGACGGCCGAGGACUUUGAGAGGGAGGAGAAGGAGAGGCAGGAGGCCAUGAAGAAAGGACGCAAGAAAAAAAAGAAAAGCAAAGACAGGAGGAGCAAGCUAAGACAAGAGGACAUCCAGUACACCGACAGCUUGGGCAACACUUUCUUAUUAAUGGGGAAGGUGGAGGCGGAGCUUCAACUGGUGGCUCUGGAGCAGGCUGAGGCCAACCCUGUGGGACGAGCACGCAAAGAACCCGAGCCUCUGGACAAACCUAAUCGUCCGACUACCAGCUUCAACUGGUUUGUCAACCCGAUGAAAACCUUCAUCUUCCUCAUCUGGAAAAACUACAAGAAGUACAUCAUAGCUCUGGUCAUCCUGGUCAUCCUGACGCUCUUCCUGGUCCUCAUCAUCUACACGUUGCCGGGACAAAUCAGCUCCCUCAUCGUCAAAGGAUGAAGAAGCCUGCUGAACAUCUUCGUCACCUCACGCUGGUUGUUCCUCCAACUCUCUCGCUGUCAUCCAUUGUUGCUGAUAAUAAUUCAGAGGAGGAGAAUCAUAGAGGAAAUUACUUAUUACCUCAGACUUAUAACAAAUUUUCAAAAUAUCUGGUCUGAAUAUAUAUAUAUAUAUAUAUAUAUAUAUAUUACUUGGACUCGAUGAGUCAUUGUUU